CAUACACACACACACACAUACACACACACACACACACACACACACACACACACACACACACAUUUAAACCGCGGCGAGCUCUGCAAAACAGUCUGGAUGCUAACGGCGAGGCCUCGGCUGAAGAGGCUAACACACAGCUUGUAGCAUAAUUAGCCUAGCUUACAUUCUCCUGGAGUCGUUGUUGGAUUUCAGCAAACUACUUCUUGCUGCCUCUCACUGUGGACUCAUUCCUGGAUUAUCUCUCCCACUUUCUCUGUGACUGCUGACUGCUGAUCUCUAAACUGCCCCUUCCCUGCGCCACUGGCCCUUCACUUGGGCCAGAACCAUGUGAAGCUUUUCUUAUGCAGCUCCUGAGUGGACUGUAAGACUAUUUAACACCAAAUAUCCUACACUAAAGGCCACAGCCCUUAACAUUAACCCCUCACUUUCGAGAGGACUCCGAUAGGGUUCGCCAUGAUGUUCCGGGACCAGGUGGGGAUUUUGACGGACUGGUUUAAGGGCUGGAACGAAUGCGAGCAGACAGUGGCGCUGUUGUCGUUGCUCAAAAGGGUUUCGAGGACCCAGGCACGAUUCCUCCACAUCUGUUUGGAGCACUGGCUGGCCGACUGCACUGAGAUACACUUACUGGAGGCCGAGGCAAACAAUGCAGCCAUAGUGAGCCAGUGGCAGCAGGAGCCCAAAGAGAAGGUUGUGUCACUGCUGCUUUCGCAUUUACCCCUGCUGCAGCCACGGAACAGCGAGGCCAAGUGUGAAUACAUGAAGCUGCUACAGCAGGUGCUGAGCCACACCAUCGAGAGCAGCAUUUUUGUGGAGGAGAGCCGCCAACUGCUCUCCUAUGCCCUCAUCCACCCAGCCACCACGCUUGAUGAUCGCACCAACCUCGCACUGUGGCUUAACCACCUUGAGGAACACCUGUCUGCUCGACCGCCUCCUGGACCGUACCACCAUCAUCACGGCCGACAGGGCUCAGACGAAUGGACAGGUCCGACCGACUCCCUGGAGGUUGCACAUGCCUGGCAUGAUAAAUCACCGUCAACAUGUAGCUCGCCUGCCGGCCAGAACGGGCACAUGUCUUUUCCCGGUGUUGGUGGAGUGCCCUCCCCAAUGAACAGCAAUAGCACAGGCCUUUCUGGUCAGGUACAGCAGAGCUCAGUGACGCGGUCGAUGUCUCUUAUUCCUGCCAACCAACCGGGUUGUAGCUCUGAUUGGCUGGGCCAGGACGAAAUGGGUGGGCGCCAGGGAGCCACAGGGGCGGAGCAUGCACCACUGUCUCCACAGGGCAGCGUAGCUUCCUCAGGCAGUGAGCAAACAGAGGAUCAAACCAAUACACGGAACACGUUCCAGGAGGACGGCAGUGGCAUGAAGGACGUGCCAACGUGGUUAAAGAGUCUCCGUCUGCACAAGUACGCAUCCCUUUUCUCCCAGAUGAGUUAUGAGGAGAUGAUGGUUCUAACCGAACAGCAUCUUGAGUCACAGAACGUGACCAAAGGAGCUCGGCACAAGAUAGCACUGAGCAUUCAGAAGCUGAGGGAGCGACAGUGUGUCCUCAAGUCUCUUGAAAAGGAUAUCCUUGAAGGCGGAAACGUCCGGAAUGCCCUGCAGGAACUUCAGCAGAUCAUCAUCACGCCCAUCAAAGCCUACAGCUCGCUCACCACUACCCAGAGAGAGGUGGAGCCUGGAGCCACACCCACUGAAAAAACCGCCAAUCCUGUGGAAGAGAAGGACGCAGGUGUAGAGGGUUUUCAGAGCCACAAUCCUCCACCCUGCGACGGGGAGCCUUCGUCCACGCCCAUUUCAGAAGGAGACAUUCCUGGGCAGUUUACGCGCGUGAUGGGGAAAGUGUGUACGCAACUGUUGGUAUCACGGCCCGAUGAGGAGAACAUUAGCUGCUACCUGCAGCUCAUCGAGAAGUGUUCAACCCAUGAGGCGUUCACGGAGACGCAGAAGAAGCGCUUGGCGUCUUGGAAGCAGCAGGUGCUGAAGCUUCUCCGCCUUUUCCCACGGAAAGCCAUGCUGGACAUGCCCGUGUACCGACAGAAAGGGUGGGCGUAUGGUUCAAACUCUUUGCCCACAGCAGGCUCUGUGGGUGGAGGUGUGUCUCGUCGAGGUCAGAGGCAGUUCCCCUUGCCCCCUCGUGGAGCGCCGCUUCCCAGUCGCAUGGGGAUCAUCACACACUCUCCACGUCACACGCUUGCUAACCAGCCAGCUGUCAGCACACAGGGCAGACAGAACCUGUGGUUUGGGAAUCCUGGGGGGAGUAACAGUAUGCCGAGUCAGAGCCGGAGCUCCGUGCAGAGAACACACUCCCUCCCUGUACACACAUCUCCACAAACCAUGCUCUUGUUUCAGCAACCAGAAUGCCCCGUUCCAGGGACUGACCUGGAGAUCAAUCCCACGCUGGAGUCACUGUGCCUCAGUAUGACUGAACACGCCUUAGGAGAUGGAAUGGACAGAACAUCAACAAUAUAAAAAUAAAAGCAACGUUAAAAAAAAAGAGGAUAUUUUGCAAUCUCACCCUUCUCUUCACGCAUGUGCGGCCUGGAACGCGCAAUCUACGCUUAAAAAAAAAAAAAAAAAAAAAAAUUCACUACAAAAGAAACGGUGAGGAAAUGAACUGUGUACAUGUGCGCUUGAUAUUUUUCUACUUUAUUAUUCUAAGUUUAUUAUAAAAGGAAUACAGAUGACUAUUAUAUGAGAGGCAGUGACCCGCGUGUCGGACCGCUCGGCAUCCCGGAGGAAGGGACGGGAAGAGAAACGUCGCUGUCCAAGUCUCAGAUGGCCUCCUCAAGUCCGGAUGAACUGUGUGCUUAUAUCGAGCGAAAGCUGGACGGGCCGCUGAAGUGAGCUCGGCUUUGCGGGGGUUCAGCGGAGAGCGAAUGUUUUGGUGCUGAUAUUAAGGGCUCUUGGUCUGUUCUGUCAUUCAUUUAGCAGUUGUAAUCAAACACACACACACACACAGUUCGUUAACACGUCCUGUGUCUUAUAGCUGCAUUUACAAGGACUUUUUAGUAUCUCUCAGAAAAACUGCAGUAUUCUUUGAAAUGAAAACAAGUGUGAAUCAACAACAACAAAAAGACCAUAUGUUGACACGUGCGCACAUCAGCCAUCAGGAGGUUGUCCUAGUGAGUCUUCUUUUGUGACGAAGACAAAGUCCUAACGGUCCUUGUGAACGCGGCUUUAGACAUCACGAUAAACUGGGAUCAACAUUCCCAUCUUUUUAACUAAUCACUGCUGUGUGAUGUCCUCGCCGUGCGCCUCUGGCUCCCCAUGAUGAAGCAGUUUGAUUUUCAGGCUGUAUUUUCGAACCUUGAUCACUAGUGUUUUUGCUGCAGCUCAUCUUUAAACCCCACAAUUAUUAAUUUUUUUUUCUCCAAAAUUAACGCAGAAAUUAUUGAUUGGUUGCAAAUACUGAACUGUAACUAUGAAUGCAAAGUACUUACAAACUACUAAACCUGACCACUUAGUGGACUUUUUGUAAAUGUAUUCAAUGUUUCAAUAUUUAUCUAUCAAUGUUUUGCUGUAUUAAUGACAUGAGACGAGAACAACACAGCAGCCUGCUUACUGCUUGGUCACUGUUUGUGUGAGGAGAUAGUGGCGCACAUCGAUGACACCAGAGACUGGUUUAAAGAUCUGUUGAUGGAAAUCGUGUUCACACAAACACACACACACACACACACAUGCUGGCACACUCUUCGUACUGACACGCUGCAUGACAAGCUUCUGGGCACUUUGUGAAUUCUGUUGGCAGGAUUUAUUAUUUUUUUAAUUAUUAAGAGCGACACAAACUGUGUGCAUCCUUAAUAGUUUGCUGUUGGCUUUUUUUUUUUUGUAUCAGUAAUUACUGUUGUGUGAAGACUAACUUACGGGGAUGGAGAAUUAUUUCAGCGACGUGGUUUCGGUCCCGGAGCACGACGAGUCACAAACUUUUGACAUUCCGUAUUUAACCGUCUGAAAGUUCCAGGAAGUGAGUCAUUCAGUACAAAAAAGAAACCAAGUAGUGAACACAAGGCUAGGUCAGCGAUGGAGCUCAGCGAUCGCCUGAUAGGAUUCACCUUAAGCCCCGCCCCUCGUUGCCUGUCUGUGGUCGAAAUUGUAGCCCCCGUCUGGAAUUUCAUUUUUUUUUUUUUUUUUUUUUAAUCGGAUAAAUUGUCAUGAUUUUGAAAAAGUUGGUCAGCUCGUUCACUACAAAGUGCACCGUCGAAUUAGUUUACGUUCAUGAAUUUAAACAUUCUCACUAUGGAUAUUCGUCUUAAUCUGAAUUUCUCGCUUGAAAGAAUCGUGCAGAAUAAGUUGUGCAGCUUUUUAAAUCGAUCACAGACACAUUUCAGUUUAGGAUUUUAAAAAACCAUCUCCUCUUCAUACCUUUAUAUAGGACACGAUGUUUAUAUCUUGUUGGCACUUGCGUUUUUGGGGAGGAAAUAAAAACCCAACUGAUCACUACAUGUGCUACACCAGAGUUUGGCUGACAUGACUCUUAGCUAAACCUUAAGGCAUAAGAAAUAAUUUUUCUAGCAUCGACGUGUUUACAAAAGCAGAGCGACACUUAAAACUGAUCUUUAUCAAGCAGCCGGUUGUAAGGGUUGUACUUUUGUUUUUAUAUAUGUAUAAAAGGCAGAGCUGGACUCAUUAUGAUCCCUUUUUUCCUUUCUCAUGGGCCAAUUGUACUCCCUUUCACUCACAUUUCUCUCUCUCGCUCUCACUUCUCAUACACACACACAUGCCCAGCCCAGCCCUGGUUUGUAUUAUUUUACUUUCUUUUCAUCCUCCGUUCCUUACAGUCAAGAGAUUUUAUGACUAAAACACAAAAAGGUGCUGAUAUAUUACAUUUUUUUUGUUUGUUUGUUUAUGGGUCUCAUAUAAUACGCCCUAACAGUACAGCCUGCUAGAGUGAUGAACUGUAAAAGUCUUAAAGACCAUUUAAAAAAGAAAAGAAAACUCUGAGAGUCAUGUAUACAGGUCUUCGAUUUGCUCUUUAUUUCCUGCAGAGCCUGAUCUGUUUUUUUGUUUGUUUUUCUAGUAAAACCUACAAGAAAUCUG